GAGGAAUCUUUUUUAGAAGAAAAUGGAGCGUAAACGUACUAGACCUGCGAAUGUGUUAGGAGAUGACGAUGAGCCGUCUUCUAUUGAGCCUGAGAGUAAAAAGUUUAGAAGCUCUGGAAUUGGGGUCCCAAGUUACCGACCAACUCCUUCCGAUUCUUCAAUACCGAAUGCAGCGCCUCGUCCCGAGCAGAUUAAAGCUAUGAUUGCGCAAAAGAAAGCACAAUUGGAGGCUAUGGCUGCUUCAUUGAGACCAUCUCAACCUAGGCCACCUUUAUUACCUAUUAGACCACUCGUGUUAUCUAGUAGUACGUCUACUACCAGUAUAACCACACCUGUUUCUAUUUCAACACAAAACAAUUUCACAUCGUCAGGAAUUGAUCCUGAUCUUCAGCGUAAAAUUCUUGAAGCCAAAGAAAGAGUUAAAGUUAAUUUGGCUAAAGCAAAUCCUUACUUGCCUUCAACUAGUUCAUUAGCAAAAGCGGCUGAUGAUUCUUUAAAAGCUAAAGGAGGUUUAAAAGUAGAAGCUCAUCCUGCACUUUCAUUAGAUCAAAGUGGAAAAUUAGAUCUAAAAAGAGUUGCGGCACUAAUACCAAAACCAAAUUUUGCUACUGUAAAGGCGAAUCAAAGGGCCGCACCUGCUGCUUCAAAACAAGAAUCUAAAGUAUCAUCAACCCCGUCUGAAGAAUUGAAUGAUAUUACUCAAAAUCCAUAUUUUGAUCCAAGAGCCGGUUCCAUUGCUCCUCAACGUCGUGGACGUAAAAAAUUUAAAUUCAUUCAAAGAGGAAAAUAUGAAUCCAUAGGAGAUCAAAUGAGAGCUCAAGCUAAAUUGGAAAAAUUAAAAGAGGACAUUGCUCAAAGUGUGAAAAAGGCUGGCAUGGAAGCAGAACUGGAUUCAUCUGAUAAAGCAAUCAAGAGAGAUCCUCCACCUGCAUUAGAAUGGUGGGAUGCCCAUUUACUGCCAAAUAAAACCUAUGCAGAUAUUGAUGCUGGCUUGGCCUUGGCCAGGAUCGAAGACGAUGAUUCUCUUGUUACUUGGUUUGUUCAACAUCCAAUUCCAAUUAAACCUCCUGGAGAUAACGGUCCUCCCCCGCCGAAACCAUUAAUGUUGACCAAGAAGGAACAAAAGAAGCUACGCAAACAGCGACGUUUAGAAUUGCAGAAAGAGAAACAAGAUAAAAUUCGUUUAGGCUUGUUACCACCGGAUCAACCUAAAGUCAAAAUGAGUAAUUUGAUGAGAGUUCUUACAAACGAGGCUAUCCAGGAUCCAACCAAGGCUGAGGCUCAAGUUCGUAAAGAAAUGCAAAGACGUCAAGAAACUCAUUUAAAGGCUAAUGAAGAACGUAAAUUAACCGAAGAACAAAGGAAAGAAAAGAGACGGAAAAAACUGGAAGAAGAUGCCAAAAAAGGCACUAUAGUUUGUGUUUUCAAAGUGAAUGAUCUUUCACAUCCGAAAAUGAAAUUUAAGGUUGACACAAAUGCACAACAACUUGGUCUUACGGGAACAGUUAUUAUCAAUCCUAACUUCAAUGUAGUAAUAGUUGAAGGAGGACCAAAAGGAAUUAAAUAUUAUAAGAAAUUAAUGAUAAGACGUAUUGAUUGGUCUGAUACUACGAGACUGGGAGAAGGAAGUGGAGCUGGUGGAAAUGGAGGAGGAAAUGAACAAGGUGAAGACGAACCAACUGCGGAACCUCCCAAAGAAAAUAAAUGUGUGUUGAUUUGGGAAGGAGAAGUUAAAGACCGUGGAUUUAAAGGUUUUUGGUUUAAAACUUGUCCUACAGAAAAAAUUGCUAAGGACUAUUUGAGAAAACAUAAAGGUGAACAUUAUUGGGAUUUAGCUAGUAAAUAUGUAGAUGAUGGUCUUGAAUUACCUAAUGUGUUUUAGUUUACUGAAAUGAAGUACAUAUUUUAUGUUCCUUCUUAUAUUAUAUAAGUAAAAUUCAUGAUAUCUCUUUAUCAGUA